CGAGAAGCUGACGCCGCCGACGCCUGGCGUCGCAGCGUCGCUUCACGCCAGCGGCCGCCGCGACGCCGGGAUUGCCUUCAGUGUGCCGCACAACGUCGGACGUGCAUCGUGUCGUACAGUCGCGCUCGUGUGCGAGCUGAUCGAGACAUGUGAUUCGAGUUCGCCGAGUUUGCCGAUCGCCGAGAGGGCAAGCGACAAAGAGAUUUACGGGCUGGUAGAACAUGAGGGGAGAUCCCACGGUCGCCCCCACGGCCUAAAGCGAAUCGAGGAGGAAGAGCGCGAGAUUUCUUCCGGGGCGAGGCAGGAUACGUCGACGUGAGUGACGUCCUCACGUGUAUCCUUCGGAGGACAAGAUACGCGAGACUCUUCCCGAGCACGCGUUGCAGCUCCGAAGACUAUCGAGUUUCACAAGCGGGAAAGAAUCCCGCGUUCGCAGAGAGACAUAUUCCGCAGAUCACGUGCGGUGUGUGACGAUCCUUGCGCCAUAAAAGAGAAGGAAAAAGGAGACGGACUCGGCGAGGAAAGUCUCGCGAGAGCACAAAACGUAUCGCAGAAACGGUCGCGUCUGACUGUGCGUAGACCAGACUACGAGGCGGAAACAGUGGUCGUGACACACGCACCAACACACACACACACACACACACAAAUCACACACACACACAGAGAGAGAGAGAGAGAGAGAGAGACGUCGAAUAACACGAGAACAUCGCGUUUGUGAUCGAUAAGUGAAACAAGGGGAGAAAGUCCGUCUUCGUAACCCGCGACAAAAGUAAAGCUCACCCGAUCGGUUUGGCUUUUCUCUUCCGGGCUAGAUAGACCAGAAGGGGAGACGAGAAUCGCACAUCACGGUAGGGUAGCGAGCCUUCGAAUCGCGUUCCGUGAGGAAGAACAGCCGCGGUAAUAUCCGAAGGAAUGGCGGACGACUCGCUUCGCCGGAAGACCAGAUCGGCAUCGAUUUGCGCCCCGGGAUUUUCCAGCAUGGAGCAAAUGUUGGAGGCUAUGCCACCCUCGGGAGCCCGCGAGAGGGAGCGGGGCGAGCGGGAACGGGACAGCGGCAGCGGAACACCGGAUAGCAGCACACCCACGAGAAGACGAAGGCCGGCCACGAGAUCCCAGAGCGCUCGUGUCUCCGGUGGAAAUAAGAGCAUCCGUCGUCGUGCCGCCGCUCAAGCCGCCGCCCAUCAUCAUCAUCAUCAUGAAGGCACCAUGAAGUCGGCCCACUGCAGCAGUGAGCCCAGACUGACCGAGAAUGACGUCAGUCCGGGCAUCAGGAGAAGAGGGAGCCGCAGGGGGCAGAGUAUGCAUCAUGCGCAUCAGAGGAAGAGCAACGCCUUCCUGGACGUGCCCGACACCUCGUCGCAGAUGCCGCCGCGGGAGGACGGCGAGGACGAAGAUAGUUACAGGCUCCGUAGCUUCAGUCUCACCAGCAAAGGCGUCGUCAACCGAGGAGAUUCCUUCCGGAGAAGGAGAUCGAGAUCGAACUCCUUGGCGCCGGCCGAGCAGGAAAACGAGGUGCGGCGAGCGCCGCCCAAGGAAGUCGUCUCGCACAACGUCGCCAUGUUGGGCUCCAGGGGAGUCGGAAAAACAGCCCUUAUCAGCCAGUUUAUGACCAGCGAGUGUAUAAACGCCUACGACAGACAAAGAGAUGUGCCGAGCGAGCAAUCCGUUUUUGUGAUGCUGAACGGAGAAGAGAGCGAGCUUAGAUUUUUAAAUAUCGCCAACCCAAAGAGCGAAUUGGACAAGAUGCCGCUGCCGGACGCCUUCGUUGUGAUGUACUCGGUGAUCGACAAGGCGUCCUUUCAAAGGGCUGAGGAAUAUCUCGCCCGGCUACACGAUCAAGAUCUUCUUCGUGGUAGACCGGCUAUUCUGGUCGGCAACAAGGUCGAUUUGGUUCGCUCGAGAGUGGUCUCGCCCCAAGACGGGAAAUGCCUGGCCUGCACGUAUCGCGCCAAGUUCGUCGAGGUGUCGGUGGGCAUCAACCACAACGUGGACGAUCUCCUGGUCGGCAUACUGAAUCAGAUCCGCCUGAAGGUGGUCCAGGGCCAGCUGGACAACCGGAACAGCGGUAGCGGCAGCGAGGGCAGCGGUCAUUGGUACAAAUCCAGAGGCGUGGUGCGCGCCAGCAUGAAGGCCAGGCAGAUGUUGACCUGGCUCUUCGGCAAGGAGGACAGCAAGUUCAAGAACUGCGAGAACCUUCACGUACUUUAAGUCGAAGGUCACCGACCACCGAGACCGGAAGUCUGUCGGGUGGUCUCCGACCUCUGUUCUUCUAAGUACGACUCGAGGAGCCUUCUCGCCCCCGUCGGAGGGAGCUCCGUCGUAAGACGUCUCCGGAGGAAGGAGGGAGGAAGGAACAAAGACAUUUUCGCGUGUCGGUCAAGCAGGAUCAGUCACACGGAAGGGAAAAUCUCAGUUCGUGCAACUGAAUAGGGACCAGUGGAAAAUUCGGUAACGAGAAGUGACGCUUCUAUCACCACCGAGAACAUUCGUCUGUGAAACACUCGGCUGUAUCGAGACUCGCUUGAGACGACCAAGAACAAUCGACUAACAAAGAAAGCUCCUUUCCGCUCUUACGAUCAAGUUUUCCACUUGGUUCUUAUUAUCCUAUUCUUGCCGGUCCACGAAAAAUUCAGUUACACUAACGGAAUCGUCAGUUUCGUGAGUCAUGAGGAUGUAAAGGUUGGUUCUUACUAUCCAUCCAGAUAGACAUCCGUCGAUCCUCUGUCGAGACAUUCUCCAACGCUUUCGUAUUGGAAUAUUCACAGUCUCCGUUACCGUCACGUCUCGAUCAUUCCAAUCCAAGAGGAAAAAUCCAACAGAAGAUCCACGAACUCCUGUUUGUCAUCGUCUGGACAGACGGUGAGAGUCAGCCUUAAUUCGCAAUCGGUUGCGCGACGGAUAAGUCCGACGAGUGGACGAGUAGCAUGUCAAGUCGAACCGGCGACCGAGUUAUCGUAAUCGAAGUCGUUUAAGGCUCAACGAGGAUAUCUCGUUAUCCUGUCUGGAGGACGAGAACGGUCCGAGGACCAAAACGGACCACAAGUAGCGGCGUCGGGCAAACGAAGUG